CCUCGUUACCAGCCAGCCAGCGAGCUCGCCUGGCGCUGCCGCCUGCCUGCCGUUCCAACCGCUCGUGACGCGUUCGCUCUCCUCGACAGGACCAACUCGUUUUAGUCGCAGGAUAGUGCUCUGCCCUCGCGUACUUGGACGGUCUGUCGCGGCCGCUCUUCUAGCCGCUCUCUAGCCGUAGAUCUUCGGCGCACGCUACGCCAAGCAAUUGUUGAUCUCGACGCAUAUAAAGUGUGCAGAUAACAUGUUGUCAUAGUUACCGAACGCCGGCUAGUGUAAUAAUAGGUGCUGUGCUAAUAUAGAUUAUGCACGUAUGUGACACGCUUCUUUGGAUUGAGAUGUUUUAUGGCCUGUCGACGCAAACGUGCUGCUGAAAUCACCGAUUGAAUUCCAGCCGUCGUCGAUCGGAAACAAUACAUCCUGCUAUAAAUUGCGAACUCUUCAACAGUGCUCCAGUGUUACUCGUGGUUUCAAAUUGAAGCGAAAGAUAGUACAGUGAGGAUCUCUUCUUAGUUCGCGAACUAAUUGUGCAUUAAGCGCACGUUCAGCCGAUAGGAACUCUGGUCAUUUAAGAGGAGCUACCAUAAACAAUGGGUUGCUUUGGCAGUAAGGAUAAACUGUCCAAAGAGGACAUGGACUUUCUAAAGACCCACACACGCUACGAUGAGACGACAAUUAAGGAGUGGUAUAAAGGGUUUAAGCAAGAUUGUCCAAAUGGUCGUCUAACGCCAGCUAAAUUCGUGGAUAUGUACAAGAUGUUCUUCCCCUCGGGUAACGCAGAAGAAUUCUGUGAUCACGUGUUUCGCACUUUCGAUAUGGAUAAAAAUGGAUACAUCGACUUUAAGGAGUUUCUACUCGCGAUCGAUGUGACGUCGAGCGGCACACCCGAGGAAAAACUCAAGUGGGCAUUCCGCAUGUACGACGUUGACGGCAACGGCGUCAUCGACAUCCAGGAGAUGACCAAGAUUGUACAGGCGAUUUACGAUAUGCUCGGCGCGUGUUCGUCCAAUCGACCGGCCGACUCGGCCGAGGAACGCGCCAAAAACAUCUUCGCCAAAAUGGACGAGAACAACGACGGGCAAUUGACGCAAGACGAAUUUCUCAAAGGUUGCCUUCAGGACGAGGAGCUGUCGAAAAUGUUGGCACCUUAAAUCCAAACAGAUAAUCAUGAAGCGCAUUUUAAAACUAACUCCAUCGCAUUUAAACCCUACUACUUUGUAAGAAACAAACAAACUGCAUUUGACGCUCUCACUGUUAAGGUUGAUUUAUAUUUUAAUUUAACUAAUAACGUCAGAAUCAUGAACUGUCGUGCCAUAUUUUAUUAAAGAAUAUUUAGUAUUACUGAACGGGUAACAAGGAGCAGUAGACACACACAUGACGUCGUAAACCAAACAAAAGACCGAACCUAAUUAAUUUGAAAAUUAAAAACAUUUUCCGCAUUGUGUCCAACUGAUAUCAAGUAAAGAGCACACACAUACAUACUCAUACACAUAAAUGCGCGCACAUAUAACAUUUAACAGAAUGGUACGAAAAUCAAUAAGGUGUAAAAACAGCUUCGAUAGAAAAUAGACACGGGGGGAAUGGAAGAAUGCAAGCCAAAGCAAGCAGGCAGGACGCGUGUUGAAUGAAACAGGACAACCACAUGCACACAAUAUCUAUCCGCGCGGGCGGACUUUGAAUAUCCGCCGGUUAUCGGCAAAAGUACGGACCGGAAUUUCCUAAACAUGUCACACACGCCAUCGCCGCGCCGUCACCCUCACGCGCGCGCACCCUCGGGCUUUGCGUUCCCGCCGCAUCAAUCCCAAUAGGUUCUUCGCAAAUCUGUUGCACAACAAAACGUUUCGUUCGUGAUACUGGACGUGUUUACAUAGAUGUCAUGCAAAUACAUAAACAAAUACGAUUCUAGUCUAAAUAGGUGUGUCCAAGUAUAGAGGAUGAUAGGCGCGCUUGUAAUCGCAAAUAUUUAGACGCAACGAUGAAAUCCUUUCCACUGAACAGAUUGGCAGACGUCGAAGACUAAAAAAACUAGCAAAUUAUCAGAGCAUUAACAUUCAACCAAAAUUUCGAUGUGUGUGUAUAAUAUAAAUGGGUAAACUUAACGUACACGUAUUUGACAUACUUGUAAGCAUUAAGCAUAUCAAAUUCGAUUGUGUGGAUGGUCAUUCGAUGUGUAAUUAAAAUUCAUGGACGUAACAUUUCGAACAAUGCAAUAGUGGACCAGUGUUAUGGAUUAGGAUAUGGUGUGCUGAUUUGAUUUCGAAUAAUAUUUGCUUUUAUUUUUAUUCAGAAGUCUUAUACUUUGUUUGGAGUAGAGUAGUUUCAUGCGUCGUCGUAAAAUAUGCAACACUGUUGGAUCAACUAUGUUAAACUUGUUUGUUAUUACUAUUUUUGCUUUAUUCUAAUUUCUUUUAAUUAUUGUGUCUAAUUUGUAAUUUUGCCAGUUUCUUCCAUCAUGGGUAAAUUAAAUUCUUUAUAUCAGUUAAAAUAAAUCUUCAUAUUUAUGGAGAAUAAAAUAGGGCCUGUCCUUAUUGUCAAGUAUAGCUUACAACAGUGGUGCAUAUUAUUUUCGUUUCGUGCUUGCAACUACUCUAUAGGACGAAGGGUCAAAUUUGGAUAACCAGCGAAACCAGGCUACCAAUUUUAUAUAGUCACUCUAGUAGAACACUCGAUGGCAUAUGAAGCAUCCGAAUUGAAAGCGUAUGACAAUUACAUUUUAAGAGAUUUAAGAGAAUCAUUCAGUUUUAUCAGAGGAUAGUAGCCACAUCAUGAACUAGCACAAAGAGCAAAGAAACCGCAUUUUACUAUUUAUAUAAACGUGUAAUAUUUAAUUAAAACAAAUUACAUAGGUGUUUUUACGAAUUUAAUGAAUACCAUUGCAUUUUACAUUAAAAUACAUCAAUGGAUAUAUUUAUUAGCAAACUGAUUCAACACAUGAUCGCAAGUCACCUUCACUAAUAUCAAAUAAUUGCAAACACACCAAUUAAACAUACCUUAACAUAAUCGUAGCGAAUAUUUGCAAGAAUCGUCGAAGUAUGUAUAAUAUCACAAUCAAUCGAUGAUGCGAUUCUCUCCCUAUUUUUCAUCGACAUACAUAUCUUACUUAUACCUAAAACUAUCUUUAACUAUUGACAUUUACGAUAGCGCACGUUUAUUGAUUACAUUUUUGUACUCCGCUCUUUCUUGCAUCCAUCAAAAUUGUGGUCCUAAAUUAAAUUGAAAAGUUUGUUAAGCAUGUGAAGCCGCGUUGAGUUAUCAGAAAACGGUCCAAAAUUUCAAAAUCGAAUUCUGUUUAUAUCAUUAUUUAUUUCACUUUGAUAACAUUUUGUAUAAGUGGAGUUAUUGUUCUUAAAGAAAACAAUUAAAAAGGUCCAAGAAUAAUCUCUUAAAUCUAAACUAACUAAAUCUUCUAACAAGAGUUCUAACUACGUUUUCGUAAAAGAUUUGACUUAAAAAUUGAUGAAUUAAUAGAAAAUUAAAGUAAACACACUUAAAUGAUGAUGCUAUUUAGUCGAAACCCUAAUUCAUAUUUUUCUACUUGCACAUACUGUACGAUAAAUAUAUACAUAUUACGAUUAAUACUACAUACUAAACCUAAUUAAUUAACGUAUCUACUUAUAAUUGUAAUUGAGAACAACAUGAGAAACACAAACUUCAAUUUAAACUUAAUGAUGUUUAUAAUAUUAACACUCGGAAACUGAGAGCCAUAAAACGUAUAAACGUUACUUUUUAAUCAAUAAUUAUUAUCUAAACAAAUUGUUCUUAUUAUGCGUAAAUAAUAAAUGUAUAACGUCAAACGUUGAACAGUUUCGAACUAAUAUCAUAAGAAAGUGACAUAGCUGUUAAUUUUACUUGAAUUUGAAGUUAUAUUGUAUACUUAUUAUAUUAUGUACCAUGUUAUGUUAUUGCUAUUAUUACGUAUUUAAGUGAUGAUAAUACAUGAUUAAUUAUUAUUAUUAUUAUUAUUCAAUGAUAUACAUUGAAAUAUGAGAUUUGUAACAGAGUGUAAAGAAAACUAAUCGGCGCAUCUUUCUAGUGCGAAGCAAUCCUGAUGACUUGUAAUAAUUGUCAAUUAAAAACGAAUACCAAAACAUGAAAUCGACCAAGGGAAUCCACAUAUUAAGGGAAAACGUAAUCAAAUUUUAGCGGAUGCUUAACCAUCAGCUGAAAGAAGCCGAUUAGUUUUGCUAAUUUUAGUCGUUGUAGAAUGACAUACAAAAACAGAUAUAAUAAGCUAAGUAAGGCAAGUGAAGCAGCUAACUAAUAUCGUCGUUGUAGGUACUCUAAACAAACAUGGAAAAAAUACAAAAAUAUCACAUUUUAUCAAUAUCAA